AUGACACGAGAUCUGUCGGAGUCAUCUGAGGCAGCAGGCGGACAGGAAGUGAGACACCGCUCGCUGCCGGGGCCGUGGCGUGUGAAGGUGGGGGAGGAGCUGACGCCAAAACUGCUCCAAUCGGAUCACCUGAUGAGGAUGGAAAAUGAUGUCAUGGAGCCAAAGAGGAAGAGGAGCUUUCCCAUCAACAACGUCCCGCUGGACCGCCUGUCCAUCAGCUCCAUGGAAACGAAGCAGCAAGGGUCAGACAAGCAGAGUAAGGUGGUGGAGUCGCCACGGCGACGACUCAAUCCACCGCCCAUUGACAGAAUCGGGAUGGGUCGUCUGCCAAACGGCAGAGGGUAG